CCAUAAUAUCAAUGCUACCAGUUGCAGGCAGUGGCGAAGCAAGAAUAAAUGGGGGAUGAUGAAGACCACCAGAAACCGCCCACCAACUGCAAAAGGCAGGAGUUUGCAGUCCUCACUUUCCCGUAGAUUAUUCGAUUUCCACGAAUCCAAUUUUCCUUCCUCUCUCAUUUCUCCUUUAUCUUUUCUCUAUCCGCCUCUUUUUUUCUCGUUUUACUCCCCACCUUGUUUGAGCUGUUUCUCUGCAGGUUGAGAUGGUGGCCGAUACCAAAGCUAAAUCUGAUAUAUCCUUUGCCGGAACUUUUGCUAGCAGCGCUUUCGCUGCAUGCUUUGCCGAGAUAUGCACAAUUCCCCUUGACACUGCAAAAGUUAGGCUCCAGCUUCAAAAGAAAGCUGUUGCUGGUGAGGGUCUGGCCUUACCAAAAUACAGGGGCAUGUUGGGAACAGUUGCCACCAUUGCUAGGGAAGAAGGUCUAACAGCACUCUGGAAAGGCAUUGUACCAGGGCUUCACCGACAAUGCCUGUUUGGAGGGUUAAGAAUCGGGUUAUAUGAGCCUGUUAAGACCUUUUAUGUAGGCAGUGACUUUGUUGGAGAUGUUCCUUUAACCAAGAAAAUUCUUGCUGCACUUACUACUGGUGCUCUGGCAAUUACUGUGGCAAAUCCAACUGAUCUUGUGAAAGUUAGACUUCAAGCUGAGGGAAAAUUGCCACCUGGUGUGCCGAGGCGCUACACUGGAGCAUUGAAUGCUUAUUCUACAAUUGUGAGGCAGGAAGGAGUUGGUGCACUUUGGACUGGGCUUGGACCCAACGUAGCCCGAAAUGCUAUUAUAAAUGCUGCUGAACUUGCUAGCUAUGAUCAAGUGAAGCAGACAAUUCUGAAAAUUCCUGGGUUCACUGAUAAUGUUGUCACUCAUCUCCUUUCUGGGCUUGGGGCAGGUUUCUUUGCUGUUUGUAUUGGCUCCCCAGUUGAUGUGGUUAAGUCGAGAAUGAUGGGGGAUUCUGCUUACAAGAGCACACUAGAUUGCUUCAUUAAAACACUCAAGAACGAUGGGCCUUUGGCUUUCUACAAGGGCUUCAUCCCAAACUUUGGACGGCUAGGAUCCUGGAACGUGAUCAUGUUUCUAACCUUAGAACAGGCUAAGAAAUUUGUGAGAAGUUUAGAAUCAUCUUGAGCUAUAAACAACAGUCAAAGCCUGCAGCCAUGGAGAUGGUGGUCUCCUGAGAAUAAUAAGUUUCAUUACCUGCCAUUAGAAACUCGAAAUGCUUUAAAAAUGUUCACCAUUUGGAAAUUUCAUAGUACCAUUCUUAUUCUGUAUCAGACAUAAAACUAUGACAAAAAGGAACUUUCUACAAAAACUUGUUUAAUUAUUUGCGCAAUUAGCCUUAGGAGGAAUCGAUGGACUGCUGAGGUGCUGCCUUCAAGUGAAAGAUGAGCCAUUAGUAGCUUAAACAACAAAAUCUGACUAUAUGAAUAUAUAUUUUAAAUAAAUUUUCAUUUUAUUC